GAAUGAGAAACCUUUCUCUCUCUACCAAUGUCAAUGGCUACUGUAACAAGCUGCAGCUCAAUGCUCACCCCUCCACUCUCUCUCCGCCCCACUUCCAAAUUCCCACCAUUCUCCUCCACGCUGCACCUCACCAACUCCAAAGGUUCCAUCUCUGUCCUCUUCUGUUCCUCUCCCAAGGCCAUUCCGGUGACUGAGCAGCAAGUCCUGGAAGCCAUUGCUGACUCCGACGACAAGAGCCUCCCAUGUGUCAGAACCUACGAGAAUGACUUGUCUUGCCUCACCCUCGUCGGAGCCGUCGAUUCCCAGCAGGCUGUCACAGCUGCCGCAGCUGACGGCGGUGAAGUCGCCUCCGAGCAUAUUGACGCCGGCUUGGAUGCCAUGGUCGUGGAAACCGUGUUUCCUGGUCCUUCCGAUGACCACAGCACCGUCUCCACUCGACUGUUUUUACCUGCUAGGAAAGUUAAAGAAAAAGCUGCUAAACUCAGGAAGACUCUCUCUCAAGAUAUAUUUUCCGGCACUACAUCUAAGAAUGUACUGGCUAUGACCUUUAGGCAAGUGGUUUUGGAGCAGAUUUGGAACUUUGAUCUUAUUGUCUUUCGACCAGGAGAAGAACGAAGAAUUGAGGAUCUUGAAAAGCCAAGAGAGGUUCCUGCGUCUUUCACUCUCAGCACGUCCGAUGAGUAUCUUAUCUCCAUGCUUGCAGAAGCCGUUUGUGCCUCUGCUCUUCAAACCACUCAAAGACAAUUUCUUGAUGAUCUUCAUGGUGGUAAUAGAAGUGGUUUCUUUAAAUGGUUUCGAAAACCUGAAAGGAUAGAAUCAAAAGAUUCCACAGUCAUCUUAUACAAACUAUUUGAAGAUGAGAUGGUUGAAAAUGCUAGGAGUCUAUUGGAUAACUAUAAUUUAAUGAAGGAUGGCUUCAAGCAUGUCAAUAUAAAAUCAGGGCAUUUCUGGUGGAAGCCUUCCAGUUACAAAAAAUUAGAGAAAAUUGGUGGUUCAGAUUUCAGUGCUUGGGCAAGUGAAUAUGUACCUGCAUAUCGGUUAGAAAUUGACACCAAGAUAAUGGGAGAUGCAAAAAUUGAUGGCUGGAAGAAGUCCGCAGAGAAUAGGUGGGAAGUUCUUUUGACCCACUCUCAAAUGGUUGGGUUGGCAGAAAUGCUAGACAUGUACUAUGUGGAUCCUUAUACGCUACCUGAUAAGGAAUUAUCCUGUGGAGUGGCUUCCAAGUUUGCAAACGUGUCCAAUAGAAAGGGGAGUGCUUCUAUAUCAAAAUUGUUGUCAGUCACCCUUGCAAGUGGUAUAUUUCUUGUAGCAAUCAGUGCUCUGGGUCUAUUUCCUCGAUUAAGCAAGGAAAGGAAACACACUGUAGAACAUAGAUCUCUACCAUCAUCUGAAGUCAACAUUGCCAUGCAUGACCUUUUGGAUACAACAAAGUUGGAAGAGUUUUGCGUGUCAGCUGUUGCUAAGGUAAAGAAUGCUUUUGGCUGGUCUGAUGAAAUAAAGGUGGAAGAUGGCAUUGGUGCCUGUAUUGGAGAAGUACCUGCUUAUUUGAGAGGUGAAGGUGCUGCUCCUCUUUCUACUUCUUCAGAGGAUACAGAUGCAGUUGCAAAAGUGUCCAUGCAGGAUAUUGCUAGUUAUCAGGUGGUUUUCUCUGGCGAGGGGAAGAUAGUUGGUUUUCAACCCUUGAGUCUGGUGGCAGUCAAUCAAUGGGCUACUAAUCCUCUAGCAAGGGAGCUCUAUGGAGGGAAAAAGCUUACCCCAGGUAUGGUUGAACCAGGUCUCAAGAUCCCCCUUCCAGAAAAGGUUAUUGUUGUAGAGUUGCUUAUGUCAGUAAACCAAGAUGCCUAUUUUGCUAUGGCCAGGCCAUUUCGGUGAUCCUUUUCUGGAUAUAUAAUAUAUGCAAGGCUAGAUGCUUGUUAGGCCCUAGGAUACUGGUCUGGUCAAUUAAUCUCCAUUUGUAGAUUUAAGGUUAUAUUCCCCAAGUGAAAACUUUCAGGCACUAGAAGCUAGGAUUUGAGUUUAUCUGUUUUUUAAAUAGGCACCCUAGAUCUUUUAGCAUAUUAUUUUGUGAAAAAAAUGAAAAUCCACUCCACUAUAUUGUUUCAAAAUGAAUGCAUAACCCUUUCUUAA